AACUCUGACACGCCCAAUAAAAAGAGAGAUUCACCAUACUCUCAGGCUCCUAUAUAUGUAUAACAGGAGAAAGGAAAGCAAAGGGGGGGAGAGAGAGAGAGAAGGCAUCAUGAGAGAGUUCACAGUUCCAAAUUGGGAUCUAAGUCACCCAAGACAAGGCAUGGCAACAGAAAGCAAGAGCCAUGUUGUCCCCUUUCGUUCUCCGUCACUGCCAGUUAUCGUGCGAAGAGGACCCAGACGAAUCCCUCCAUUGGGAUAAACUAAGCAGCUACAGCUCAUCCGAGUCUCCCCCGGCCUGGCAAGGAGAGCCAAGGCGAGCAGUCGCUCAGGUCCAACUAUGAAGUUGCAGAAUUGACAUGGGAACAUGGGCAGCUAGCCAUGCGUGGGCUAGGUGGGAUCCUUCCCAGUGCACCCACAAAACCAGCAUGGAGUAUUGCAGGAGAUACACUCGAGUCCAUAGUACACCAAGCUCAGGGCCAAAAACAACAUCCAAUUCCAGUGCCUCAACUCCACGACUGGAACCCGGCCCACACGAGCUCCAUCGGCCAAUCCUCCACCGGGAAACGGUCCGAGAGCCCAGGCCACGUGUUAGGUCCCGGUUCCACGAAAAGGAUGCGGUCAGAAUGUGCGAAGUGUGGAAGAAGUCACAGUGGCAGCAUCCGAGAAGAGCAUGCUGACUGCAGUGGCACUAGUACUGCUAGUGCAACAUUCUGCAAGGAGAAGGAUACAACUAUGAAGACACGGGCUUCCUUUGAAUCUACUCAGAGCUUGAAGUCAGCCACUCAUGGUGGAUUGGAAAACCAAAACGAGGAACGGGAAACCAAGGGGGAAACAGGCCGCUCCCACUGGACAAGGAGAAAUCAAGCUGCUGCAGUCCAUAACCAAUCAGAGAGGAGACGCCGAGAUCGGAUCAAUCAGAAAAUAAAAGCACUGCAGAGGCUUGUGCCAAAUGCAAGUAAGACUGAUAAAGCUUCAAUGCUUGAUGAGGUGAUUGAGUACUUGAAGCAGCUCCAAGCACAAGUCCAGAUGAUGCGUGCCGGAAAUAUUCCCCAGAUGAUGUUGCCUCUAGCAAUGCAGCAAUAUCUGCAGAUGUCGCCCUUAGCGCGCAUGGGCAUAGGCCCUGGCCUUGGGAUGGGGAUGGCAGUGUUCGACACGAGUAACAUGGCAAGUGUGGUGCCUCACUCUCUCCGGCUCCUCAAUCCCAUGGCUGCUGUUGCUGCCACCGGCCCGUCGUUUGUUCCUCCUCCCUUCCCAGUCCCCACAAUGAUUCCACCUGGCAGUAGUCAGGCCCGAACAGCUUCAGACGUGGCUGCAAACAAUCCGGUUCCUUUCAAUGAUCCAUUUUCUGCAUUUCUAGCACAAUCCAUGAAUAUGGAGCUCUACAACAAGAUGGCAGCACUCUACCAUCAGCAAGCAGAUCCGAAAGCACAGCCAACAAGCAGCCCUUUGCCAUCAUAAAGACGAGAUGAUUGCCUCACAUGAUCGCUUCGAUUCAAGUGAAUCAAGAUUGAAUUUUUUCGCGUCAUAAAUCGUUCCUCAUUAAUCCAAAACUAUGAACAGCUAGUCGUCUUAUAUAUUUUACGCUUAUUGUUGAAUUAAAGACCGAAGAUUUAUGUGUAAUAUCUUCCAAUAGCAGUUCAAUGUGUUGUUUAUAUAAUCUCUCCAACUAAGUGAGACCAUGCUCAAAGUUUCCCCCCCCCAGUUAGCAUAUAGGAAGAAAAAGAAUUGCUUAGCAAUGAACAUCUGCAGAGUUUAAGUGAAUCCUUUCAUGGAGAAAACUGCUCCAGCAAAAUCUGGCCCGAAACUUUAAGAGAAAAAACACUAUUCAAUCCAACUCCCGAUGGGGGUGUUUGGCUUA